AUGAUCGGACUGACGAUCCUGUUUCAAGGACUUGUUCCAAUGAGACACAUAUCCAAAUUUGAAGGAUUCUGGAUGUUCUCCGCAGGUGUCACUUGUAUGGUUUUCGCCGUUAUCACUUUUAUUGGACUUUUGAUUAUGAGCAGAUCAAAGUGUAUACAGACUAUGGGAAAAAUUAAGCUUCUGAUCUUCCACUCUACAGCUAUAGUAACCACACUUCUCUCGCUAAUUUUCUUCAUUGUGUAUGCGUUUGUUCCCAUAGCUUCUGCAGAGCAUGCUGCAAUUCAAAAUGCAGUAUUACUCCUUGUGGUUGCUUCUGGUCUAGUCUUCCUAUCCACUAGUGGCAUUUUACUCAUGGCCCUUCUCAGUGCACCGGAAAUCCCAUCUGAACGAGAUGACGAUGAUUGA